UUAGAGAGAGAGGGGGGAUUAUUUUGAGUGUGCUGGAGAGAGAGAGAGAGAGAGAGAGAGAGAGCAUGUGUAUCGCUGCGUGGGCAUGGCGAGCUCAUCCCUUGUACCCACUCAUCCUCUUCUUCAACAGAGAUGAAUAUCUCAACAGGCCUACAGAGGCAGUAUCAUGGUGGGAAGAGCCUGAAAUUCUUGGUGGAAAGGAUGGCAUUGGAGGGGGCACAUGGUUGGCUUGCUCAAAGGAUGGACGAUUCGCUUUCCUCACCAAUGUUCUUGAAGUGGAUCAACUUCCUCUUGCCAAAACAAGAGGUCAACUUCCUGUUCGAUUCUUGCAGAGUGAGAACAGCCCUUUGGAGUUUGCAGAGGAAGUUGCAGAGGAAGCGCUUCAAUAUAAAGGCUUUAAUCUGGUUCUAGUUGAUCUUCACACCGAAACCAUGGUGUAUGUUACUAACAGGCCAAGUGGAGAGGCAGUAACCAUUAAAAAGGUUUCUCCAGGCCUUCAUGUGCUCUCAAAUGCUUCAUUGGAUACCCUCUGGCCUAAGGCUAAUCGGCUGCGUAAAAAUUUCAAGAAACUUCUUAGACAAUAUGGUAAAGAAGAGAUCCAUCAGAUAAAGUUUCUCGAUCAGUUGAUGUUGGAUACUACCAGAGCUGACAGAGAAAACCUGCCAAAUACUGGCUGUGAUUCAGACUGGGAACUCGGUUUAAGUUCUAUAUUUGUUGAUACUCAGACUAAACAGGGACGCUUGUGCACUCGAAGCAUGAUUGCACUCUGUGUAAAAGCCAACAGUGAAGUAAACUUGUAUGAGAGAUAUCUAGAAGAGGGCAUAUGGAAGGAGCACUCCACAUUCUAUUUCAUAAACAGCACCUGAUGAAAACCACUCAAUUUCAGGAUUUGAACAGCCAUUUCCAAUAAAUGCUGCGUUUUAGGGCUGUGAAAAUUACGGGCAAUUGCCGAUGCCUAUAAUUUUCCAAAUUUUAGUUUGCUCCUGGUGACAAUUAGCUGUUCUCUAAUUUAUUUAUUUGUCUAUUAGCAUCUAAACUCCAAUUUGUGAGUUAUACAUUAGCAUUUUCCAUUAUGUAUUAUAACUUUAUAAGUUUUCUGGACUUGAGUUUUAUUAAAAGCAAGCAGCAAUUACUGAUAAAA